AGCCGGCAGCAUGCGCCUGGAGAGGAGCCGCCCGGAGCCGCCGGUACCGGGCUCAGCUGGAGCAGCAGCAGCUGGAACAGCCGGAACAUCUGGAUCAGCAGCAUCAGCUGGAUCAGAGACCUCGGUGCUGUAACCGCGGGGACGCGGGGUGGGCGUGCGGGAGCGCAGCCACAGCCAUGUAACGGUGUAACCUCGGUGAUCCCCGCUGGAAGUUUGACUGCCAUGGAGAGGAGCGCGGAGCGGCCGGCGGAGGACGCGUCCGCGCUGGCCGACGGGGAGCUGCUGAAGUGGGGCAAGGAGGAGCUGCUGCGGGGGCUGCGCAGGGCGGACGCCGACAAGCGGCGCGUCAUCCUGGAGCACGGGAAUCUGAUGCGGGAGGUGAACCGGAGCCUGCAGCAGCACCUCACCGAGAUCCGGAGUCUGAAGGAGGUGAACCAGCAGCUGCAGGAGGACAACCAGGAGCUGCGGGACCUGUGCUGCUUCCUGGACGACGACAGGCAGAAGGGGAAGCGGCUGUCCCGGGAAUGGCAGCGCCUGGGCCGCUACAGCGCCAGCCUCAUGCGGAGGGAGGUCUCCAUCUACCUGCAGAAGCUCAAGGAGCUGGAGCAGCGGCAGGCGGAGGUCAUCCGGGAGAAUCUGGAGCUCAAGGAAGUGUGUUUGAUGCUGGAAGAGGAAAGGGUUGGGGGAGCGGGUCAAGUGGGGCCAACAGGAAGUCAGAGUAGUCUGUCUCAGCCUCCACCUGGCCUGCUGCGGGACGUGGGUGACGGCAGCAGCACCUCCAGCGCUGGGAGCACCGGCAGCCCCGAUAACCCCCACCACAAACCCCCCCUGCUGAGCUGCAACACCAGCCCCAUGCCUGGAUCCAGGUACUCUUCCCCUGCAUCCACAGGGAGGAGGCACAGCUCCACCCCCGAGUACCACACCUUCCCUCUGGCCUGCCGCCCCCGUAAGGGCUCCCUGACCAACCCGGAGCCCCGGGGCCUUCGGGGACACAGCCCCGAGAAACACAGCAAGUCCCCUACCAGGACAAACCUAGACUGCCACCCCAAAACCUGCAGCUCCGAGCUCUUGGCUCAGAAACAUCUGCUGGUGCCGGGGCAGGCGUCCCCGGGCCACGGCAGGGGCUCCGCUGCUUCCAGUCCAGAGCUGAGUCAGAGACACCGGCACAUCUGCAUCGUGGGGGCCGGGUGUGAGGGCCGGGACACCCAGCAGGAGAGGACGGGGACUCCAGAGCACCUGCGGAAAGGACAGGUGAUCGUUGGAAGCCCGGAGUCGAUACGACGCCACCAUCACUACCAGCACGGCCCUGGAGGGGACUACGGCAAGGGGAGGUGCAGCGGCACCGCCUGCACCGAGGGGGGCCAGAGGAGGGCUGUGGGAGGGGAGGUCACCCCGCUACACCACAGUCUCUACAAUGCUCUGAUAUCUGCUGGCUGCUGCAGCAAUCCCUGUCAGAGUGUAAAGAUUUGGGACAGCUUCAACACCUCCUGACCACGAAAUGCCUCUUCAUCUGAUGCUGCUGUGACAAGAACACCCCCCUCACCCCAACCCCCCCGGAGACAGAGAGAUGGAACAAUCAGUGUAUCACCGGGUGGAUCAACGGAUCUGAAAAAUCAAGUGAGCAAGUGAGCAGACGAAUGAAGCGAGGCAACAACGAGGCAAAGCCCUGAACCCUUCCUGCCCUGUCUGCUGCUGCAAGAGAGAGAGAGAAGUAAACCUGUCACGUGCAGACGGGUUCCUGUUCAUCCCUCCACUGCCGGGAGGAAGAGGGGAAGACGACAGACAGCUGGGAACCUCUAAGUUGCCAACAAUAAAGAGCUACCUCUUUUGAAAGACAAAUAAGGAAAGUGUGACAGGAGGAGGAAGUUCUCCGGGAGUUUCAGCUCCGUCUCUCUCUCCCAGUCAUCACAGCAAAUAUUUAAAAUGAAAGCCAAGUCAAGCUUUUUGAUUGUGAUAACUAUUUUAAGAUACAGUGUACCUGGAAAGAGCAGUUAUUUUUACUUUGUAGGAAAGUAUUUUUAAAUAUAAUAACUAUCUCUUUGGCCAUCGUUCUCAGCAGUUAGGAUCAUUUUAUCUGAGCAGUCAAUUAGAUUUUGGAGACAACAAAAUCUAAAGGGGGGGGAGUAAAUAUGAGCCAUCACACUAGUUCAGAGUGAAAUGUCCCGUUUAGACGCCUCCAUGCAGGGGGGGAGACUCCGGCGGUGGACAGGAAGUGGGCUGGUAUCAGGGUCCAAACAUUUCCUUUUUCUACCAGCCUGAAACCAAAACCUGGAGCUGAAACCAAACCCAGGUCCUUUAGUCUGCCUCGGUGGUCCACUUGGUUCAGAAUGCAGGAAAGCUCUCAAAUAAAGGACUGUGUAAACGUGUAUAAACCCCAGCGGCUAGAGGGAUCAGAGUGCAGAUGUUUGCAGCCAUGUGCAAAAGUCAGUAGCCCCUCUUUAAGUCCUGUCUUUCGUUUUGUUUUGAUUUCCUGGUUUGUAAUUUUUUUAAAAUCUUCUGAACCUGAACACCUCGUUUAAAUUUUGUUUGUACAUCUGCGGUUUCAAUAGAAUUUUUUUCAACCAAUUUGAUAUAAAAAGGAAGACAAGUCAUCUGGGCAAUAGAGGCUCUGCAUUGACGUCACUUCCCCACUGGACCAGCCCCCUUACUCACAAUGAGUGGCAAAAACAGCUGCAACUAGUGGAAAAGACGGGAUAACAGCUGAUUAUGGGCUUAAAUUAAAGGCAGUUGGACUUGACAGUGACCCGUACAGUUACCCCAAGAACCAGUGGUCCAUGGACAUUAAUAUUUGGUACAGUUACCAAGAACCAGUGGUCCAUGGACAUUAAUAUUUGGUACAGU